AGAACCAACGCCCAGCAUCUUCGCCAUCUUCAAAUAACAUCAAAAUGUCUUCUCCGACGAAAAUUCAUUUCCCUUCCUUCGGAUUGAAAAUCUGUGGCGAGCUACACGCUCCCGCGCGAGGGUCUCCCGAUCGCAAAGGAGCCGCCGUGGUCGUCAGUCACCCUAUGACGGGAGUCAAGGAGCAAACCUCUACCGAUUACGCUCGAGCGCUCUCCCAAGGCGGCUUUUACGUACUCACUUUUGAUGCCGGGUACCAAGGCGAGAGUACCGGACAGCCUCGGGGCCUCGAAGAUCCACACCAACGUGUGGAGGAUAAUAAGGCGGCAGUCACAUACCUGACAGCCCUCAAGGGUGAGGUCGAUCCAGAGCGCAUCGGGGUGCUCGGUAUUUGCGCGUCUGGCGGCUACACGUCGUACGCUGCGCAAUCUGAUGCCCGCAUCAAGGCGCUUGCCACAGUGAGCGCCGCGUGUGUCGGACGUAUGACCCGCAACGGGGGCGUGCAGGAGGACAAAACUGAGAAUGCGGAAGCCAUCGUCGGGGCUCUUCAGGCUGCUGGUCAAUGGCGGAAUGCGAACCUUAUCCCUCCGGGCGCUCAGCCGCCGCCCAUGUUCGAGACAGACCCCUCCAAGGUGCCUGAGAACGCCGACCCCUUCUUCAGGGAUGCGGCGCAGUACUACGGCACAAAGAGAGGCGAACACGAGCGAUCGGAUCACCUUGUCCCACUAUCGAGCUACGACCUCAUGGUCUCAUACGACUCGUUCAACUUUCAACACCUCAUUUCGCCACGGCCCUUGCUUAUGAUUGCCGGGUCUGCGGCGCAGACGUACCAUUACAGCCGAACGGCCAUCGCAGCGGCCAAGGACCCCAAGGAAUUGUUCACAGUGCAGGGAAAGAAUCACUUCGAUCUCUAUGAUGAUUUGAGGGAGACUGGCCCAAAGGUGGUUGACUUUUUCGGCAAGAGUCUGGCGGCGUAGGAUAUUUGCUUGCGGGUUUCAACCAUGGAAACUCGCGUAUCAAUGUCGGCUACAUCUGCAUACGUGCUGUGGCCUCUUCAGUGCAAUAGUACAAUCAAAAAGGAUCAUAUCAAGUGC